AUGCCUUCGCAGUUCGUUGAUGCCGCGUUUAACAAAGAUCUGCAUCUGCCUGUAAGCGAUUCGUUACUAAGUGUUCGUCUGAAGUGUGAGGCUGAGGGUGAGUCAAAUGUGAGUGUGAAGUGGGAAAAUGAGGUGAGGUGCAUGAGGCUGACUCCCACUAAAUCAGCAGAACACAAUUAUGCGAAGGCGGGAGUUAGAGGUGGCAAAGCGACGCGACGGCGGACGCUCUCCCUCUUCUCUUUCUCCUCUUCCCUCUCGCUCUCUUCGGGAUGUCUUCACCCGGCAACGCGAAUGCCAAAGUUUCCCGUCAUCAUGUACAUCCACGGAGAAUCGUACGAAUGGAAUGCUGGAAACCCGUACGACGGAAGUGUCCUGGCGCGCGUUGGUAACGUCAUCGUCAUCACCAUCAACUUCCGCUUAGGAAUUCUGGGGUUUCUAAACACGGGCGGUACGGACCCGCGCCACACGUCGUCGAUAACGGGUAACUACGGCCUGCUGGAUCAGAUCGCCGCUCUGCACUGGAUCAAGGAGAACAUCCAGUCGUUCGGGGGCGAUCCGGACAACGUGACCAUAUUUGGUCACGGCCACGGAGCGGUGUGCGUCAACCUGCUGCUACUGUCUCCCGUGGCGCAAGGUCUGUUUCGUCGCGGCAUCAUGAUGAGCGGGUCCGCUCUCUCCAGCUGGGCUCUAGUCGAAGACGCCGCCACCCACGCGCGCUACAUCGCCGAGAAACUCGGCUGCGCCAAGCGGGGCUCGCCGACGAUCGACGAACAGUGCCUGCGCGACGCGCCCGUCGCCGACGUCGUCGAGCUCGUCGUCGUUCCGCCGACGUUCCUCACGGCCAUCGGUCCGACGAUCGACGGCAUCACCGUGCAGAAUUGGCCGCGCGACGUCAUGCGUCGCGAGAGCGUCCGCUUCGGCAAAUACGAUCUGCUCUUCGGCGUCACGAAGCAGGAAGGGUUCGAUUACUUCAACGAAAACGACACGCGCAUGGGAAUCGACGAGCGAAAGCGUCGGCGUCUGCUGCGCACCUUCGUCGCAAACCUCUUCGUCUACCAUCAGGACCUGCUAUAUCAUUCUAUCGUUAACGAGUACACGGACUGGGAGCGAGCCGGACAGUUCGAGCAUCCACAGACUGUGAGAGAGAGCGUCGCCGAGGUGCUAGGCGACGCGUUGUACACGGCGCCGCUGGUCGACACCGCCGACGCACACUCGCUCGUCCAUCUCGACUCUUACUUCUACGUGUUCAGCUACCAGGCAAAGCGAGGAGAUUACGGGAUGGACGAGGCGGGGAGCGUACGCGGGGAUGAUCUGCCGUAUGUGUUCGGAGCGCCGCUGGUGGACGGGCUCGGACCGUUUCCGGGAAACUAUUCGAAGCAGGAGCAGCAUCUGUCCGAACUGAUGAUCGCUUAUUGGGCGAAUUUCGCCGGAACGGGGAAUCCCAAUACGCCUAGGUCGUAUCGCGACACUGCGACAGAGAAUGCGGCCGUGGAGGAGAAGCAGGCGCUACUGGAAUGGCCGCAGUACGAACGAGUGCAUCAACGAUACGUUAACAUAGGAAUGACACCGCGUGUACGCAAUUAUUACAAGGCGCACAAGGUGGCUUUCUGGAAUAAACUGGUGCCCGAAUUAAACCAGACGAGGGGAGUCGUGAACGCAAGUCAUCAUCUAAUCGCCGAGUAUUAUCAAAAAUCGAUGUUCGAGGGAGUCGUAAGAGACAUAAACUUCGACAUCUACGAACCGACCGUAGCGCCACCUACCUCAACGCAGCCGACGCGGCAACCGGUUGCCAUGACGACCGGCUCGUCCUCGUCCGCGAAGAAGGACGUCGCCGAGGGUCCGACGACGACGCAGGCGAAGAAUAAGACCAACGUGGCGCAGAUUCAGAAGAUAUCGCGAGAUAGCGAGAGCUCGUACUCUAGCUCGUUGAGUAUCGUCGUCGCCGUCGGCUGCUCGUUUCUCAUACUCAACGUGCUCAUUCUCGCCGGAGUCUACUACCACCGAGACAAGAAGCGAGCCGAAGAGAAAACGGACAAAAUGAAAUACACGCUGAAUCGGGGGCGCGACGAUGACGCCACCUGUCAGCCGCAUUCGCAAUACAAAUCCACUAAUUCUUCGAUGCCGCACAAGGGACUUCUCUACCCUGUGCCGCCAGCGCCACCGCCUCCGCACAAUCAAAGGCUAUACAGUCACGAAGCGACCGUCUAGUCCAUGAUAAAGGUCUAUCUCGUGACUCGGGAUAUUCUGAACUGUUUAUUGUGACGUCUUUUUUGGGAGGGAAUCGUAGUAUAUAAAUAUAUAGUAAAAUUAUAAUGUAUGAUAUCUAAAUGUGUUUUUUGCGACGGCGAGACUACUGUACAAAAAUAACACGCGUUGCAAACUGUAUAUAUAAAUAUUUGCAUGAUUAGAUGGAGAGGUUUUAGUAAUUAAUAAGUUCCUCGCUUAUAAAAUUAUUUCCAGUAAUAUAGUAAUUAUUUCAAUGAAUUAAAAGCACGCAUGCUAGAUUAUACCAUUAGAAAAUUGUAGACAAUAUGCGUAUAUGUUCGAUCCCAUAUACUCGGGAUGUCUUUACCGCCUGUAUAACGAACGACACUGACUCCAUACGGAAAUAUUUCCUAACUAUGUGAAGAAAUGGGAAGAGAAAUCGAUAACCUGCACUAAGCAGUCGAUCAGAAAUAAAAAUAAUGUCGAAACGUGUUAUGUCAGGUUCCGCGUAAUGCUAUAGAAGCGUAACUGAGAUACAGUGGUUCCAACUUUAUCAGGACAGGACGGGAACUACGAAAUAACCCCGGCGGUACUUCAGGUUGAACGGCCUUAUGUCGCAUCGGGGGACCAAGUGGUUAACAGGAAGACUCCAGGUUAAAGUGCUGUAAAAAACUUGAGAGAAACGGGCGUAAGGAUUGUUGUACAAAGCCACGUGAGACACGUGUCGUUUAAGCGGUGCGCCCGUUUCAUCCGAGGCCCGAUAAAGCGGGGACCGCUGUAUUUACCUAACGUAAACAUCGGGUUCACGGUUGACUGACGACGGUUAUACACAAACCCCGCGCCAUUGCUGUAUGGUCACGUCGCUAACCUACAUGCACGUUAACUAGUCACUGCUGGUGGUGAAGUGACGCGUUUUGACAUUUUCAUUUACGAUGAUAAAAUUAGAACGUUGAGUUUGAAAUUACA